AUGGCCCCAACUCAGGAUUCAUCGAGCCAAUCAGAAGAACCGAUCAAGCCGAGUUCCGCCAAGGUCGACGAGACCAGAAGCGGUCAGUCCUCACAAGACGAAGAUGGCUUUAUCGACAUCCAGCCAGAGGACGUGGAAAUGCAAGAUAGCCAUUCGGAUGCUGUUGCUCCACCUCCGAAACCGCCCUCUGACUCAUUAGAGCUACAGCGUAUUAGUCAUUCCGACAAGGCUGAAGAGGUUCCAGACGAAGAAGACGAUUCUGAGGACGACCGUGAUUUCAUGGCCAAUCAUCCCUUGUUGAACAUGCUGACCGGGCGCCUGGGAGCUCGUCGACGAGGCUCUUCGCAUAAAUGGGAUCACCUUCAUCCUGAAAACCAAGCACUGUCUGUAUCUGACGUGGACCAGUGCACCUCGCUUGAGGACGCGGCCUUUUCACCGCAGGAGAGGGCAACUCGGGAGAAGUUUCAAUACCGUCUUACCAGAUGUCCCGAGUUGAGUUUAGGGCUGUUCACCCAACCGACAAAAGCAGAGGCGAAGGAUGCGUCCACUCCGCCUCAGCGACGCCUAAUAGCGCAUAUCGUCUCGACCAGGACUCCUGCGCCUUGUGUUACUGAGGCUUCAAUGGGCAUCCCUUCAAACUGGAGGACGAGGCGGUCUUCGCUACCAACCGGCGACGAUGAGGAGCCUCUGGGGCACCAAGACAUGGGUGGAACUAUCUGUGUCCAUUCUCUGGCGGUGACACCCGAGUUUCAGAAAAUGGGCCUGGGCUCGAUCUUGAUGAAGUCGUACAUCCAACGUAUGAAAGAUUCCAAGAUCGCUGACCGGAUAGCGUUGCUUGCUCAUGAUCAUCUCGUUCCAUUCUACACAGGGUUGGGAUUUGCAAACAUGGGACCAAGCGCGGUGACAUCUCAUGGUGGCAACUGGAAUAAUAUGGUGACUCUCAGCAUCAUGACUGUGUGCCAGAUUGGACUAACCUGA